CGGCUGAUUGGCGCUAGCCGCUGAGACUCCAGCAGGAAGCCCUGUUCGGGGGGGGCUCAGGGCUCCAGAUGGGUGGCCACGUUCCUCCGCAGAGGACCUGGGGAUCCUCGAGCUCGAAACGCGGCACUAGCGGCGAGAAAGGCAGGCACACCUUCCCGCCCCGGCCGCAAGUCCUGCCCCGGGUCCACCUCCACCCAGGAUUCUUAAAGGGCCCGCGGGCCUGGGGGCGGAGCCAGCAGAGGCGCCGAGCCGGGGCAGUGCCUGAGUGAACGGCCGGAGCGGGCUGGGCUGGGUCCGGGAUGGCGGUGGCCCUGGUGCGGGUCCGGGUGGCGCCCCGCGCGAGUUCCUGAGCUGGUGCCAGGCAGGUGACACUUCCUGCAAUCCCCAGCAUGUGGGCAGGCCCAGGCCCCACUGCUAUACUGGCCCUGGUGCUGGCGGUGGCAUGGGCCAUGGAGCUCAAGCCCACAGCGCCACCCAUCUUCACAGGCCGGCCCUUUGUGGUAGCGUGGGAUGUGCCCACACAGGACUGUGGCCCACGCCUCAAGGUGCCACUGGACCUAACUGCCUUUGAUGUGCAGGCCUCACCUAAUGAGGGUUUUGUGAACCAGAAUAUCACCAUCUUCUACCGCGACCGUCUAGGCCUGUAUCCACGCUUCGAUUCAGCUGGGAGGUCUGUGCAUGGUGGUGUGCCACAGAAUGGCAGUCUUUGGGCGCACCUGAAGAUGCUGAAGAGACGUGUAGAACACUAUAUUCGGACACAGGAGCCUGCAGGGCUGGCGGUCAUUGACUGGGAGGACUGGCGGCCUGUGUGGGUGCGUAACUGGCAAGACAAGGAUGUGUACCGCCGGUCAUCACGCCAGCUGGUAGCCAGUCGCCACCCUGACUGGCCUUCAGACCGAGUAGUCAAGCAGGCACAAUACGAGUUUGAAUUCGCUGCACGGCAGUUCAUGCUGGAGACACUACGCUAUGUCAAAGCAGUUCGCCCCCAGCACCUCUGGGGCUUCUACCUCUUUCCCGACUGCUACAAUCAUGAUUAUGUGCAGAACUGGGAGAGCUACACAGGCCGCUGCCCUGAUGUUGAGGUGGCCCGCAAUGACCAGCUGGCCUGGCUAUGGGCGGAGAGCACGGCCCUCUUCCCCUCUGUCUACCUGGACGAGACGCUCGCUUCCUCUGCCCAUGGCCGCAACUUUGUCAGCUUCCGUGUUCAGGAGGCCCUUCGCGUGGCUCACACCCACCAUGCCAAUCAUGCACUCCCAGUCUAUGUCUUCACGCGGCCCACCUAUAGCCGGAGGCUCACUGGGCUUAGUGAGAUGGACCUCAUCUCUACCAUUGGUGAGAGCGCAGCCCUGGGAGCAGCUGGUGUCAUCCUUUGGGGCGACGCAGGAUAUACCACAAGCACGGAGACCUGCCAGUACCUCAAGGACUACCUGACACGGCUGCUGGUCCCCUACAUGGUCAAUGUAUCCUGGGCCACCCAGUAUUGCAGCUGGGCCCAGUGCCAUGGCCAUGGGCGCUGUGUGCGCCGCAACCCCAACACUAAUACCUUCCUGCACCUCAGCGCCAACAGCUUCCGCCUAGUGCCUGGACACACACCUGGUGAGCCCCAGCUGCGACCUGUAGGGGAGCUCAGCUGGGCCGACCUUGAUCACCUGCAGACACACUUUCGCUGCCAGUGCUACGUGGGCUGGGGUGGCGAGCAAUGCCAGUGGGACCGUAGGCGGGCAGCUGGAGGUGCCAGCGGGGCCUGGGCUGAAUCCCACCUCGCCAGCCUGCUGGCUUUGGCAGCCCUGGCCUUCACCUGGACCCUGUAGGGGUCUCUUGCCUGACUGCCUAGGAAGCUGGCCUCUGUCACAAGGGCUUUCCUGGGCAUGUAGGAGCCUGUAAGGGGUGGACAAACUCUAGUCCACUUGGGGCAGAGCCCCUGGGAUGCCUAGCAUGACAUCUAUAUCAGCUCUCAGCCCCCUGUUCUAAGGGGGAGGGGAAGUCCCCUGGGAGGUCCCUUCUCUCCUUGCCAGAGGGGAAGGAGGAUACAGCUGGGCUGGGGAGGGCCUGGCCCUACUCCCCUGCCCCUGGAUAGUUUAUUAUUAUUAUUUUGGGGUCUCUUUUGUAAAUUAAAUAUAAAACAACUGCUGCU